GUCUCAUUUAUCUCACCAUUGACUUUUUCCUCGAUUUGUUUUCCUGCAGCAGCAAUAUUUAUUCACAUCGAAAACACAAAAAUUGCCGGCGAGAAGGAGAAAUCAGAGUCGCAUUACAGUGCAUUCUUGACACUCGAGAUUGGAGGUCUACACGUGGUUAAUUCGCGUCAUAGAGUGGGAGUUGAACAGCCUAGAACCACUAGGGACUUCCCUGUACAGGAGCAAUUAUUUUUGCUUAAAUACACUCAGCCUUUUGUUUUAGCUCAGUUCGAAACGACUGGGUCUCACCAUGAGAACUAUUGAAAUUUUUCUGCAAAUAUCCGCCAUUCAUCUUCUCUGGAAUGCCGCGCAGGGUUUACCGGUGUCUUCCGAAGAAUUGAACCUGGAUGUCAUCUGCCCGAGGAUAAUAUCCCGGAAGGAAUGGAAUGCCCGGAACGUGAGUGGAUUGGAACCCCUGUGGACGACGCCAACACCUUACGUUGUUGUUCAUCACGGUGGAAUCCUUCAUUAUUGCUACGAUCAACCCGAAUGUUCCGAGAUUGUCCGAUCGUACCAGGAUCUCCACAUCGACAAGAACCACUGGCUGGAUAUUGGCUACCACUUCGUCAUAGGAGAGGACAGCAACGUCUACGAGGGCCGAGGGUGGGACUACAUCGGGGCCCAUUCCCCAGGAUACAAUUCCCAAAGCAUCGGGGUCUCAGUCAUCGGAGAUUUCUCUCAUUUUUUGCCGAAUGAAGGAGCCCUGAAGGCCCUGGACUCGUUAAUAACCUGUGGAGUAGCCCUUGGAAAAAUAAGUCCCGAUUAUAACGUAAUUGGGCACCGCCAGGCGCGCAAUACCGUAUGUCCGGGGGAGACAUUUUACAAAUACGUCAUGAAGAUGCCAAGAUGGACGGCCAAUCCCACGCCAGUUUGCAUGAGCAAUUGUGCAGUGAAUGCAAGUAAUUACAAUGACAAUGGGCUUGGACAAUCGUUCAAGGACACUAAUGUGGUCACAUUGCUCUGAUUUGCGAAUGAAUGUUCAAUACUUCUGGUCAUGUAAAUAUAAUUUAUUCAUGCUCGAGUGAUGGAGUGAUUACACGUCUUCUUAUCACCUCGUCAAUCAUCAUAUCCAUCAAUUAUUGUUACUCCAUCAUUUCAUCAUAUGCCAGUAAAUAAGAAUGAGAAUUGUCAAGA